AUGCCACAAAUAAUUUUAUUAUUCAGCGGCAAGAGAAAAUGUGGAAAAGAUUUUCUUACUGACCAUUUAAAAUCUAAGCUGGACGAUCAGUUUGAAAUUGUAAAAAUAUCUUUACCUAUAAAAAGUUAUUGGGCAAAGGAAAUGAAUUUAAAUUUGAAUGAGCUGCUAGGUGACAGCCAAUAUAAGGAAAACUAUAGACUACAGAUGAUUGAAUGGAGCGAUAAGAUGAGGAAACAAGAUUAUGGAUGUUUCUGUAGAAUUGCUUGUGAAAAUGCAAAAGACAAACCCAUAUGGAUAGUAAGUGAUAUUAGACGCAAAACAGAUGUAAGAUGGUUCAAAGAAACCUAUGGUAACCACAUCAGAACAAUACGGCUGAUAGCUGACGAAGAAACUAGAAUAGAAAGGGGAUACCAGUUCAAACCUGGCGUCGAUGAUGUUGCUUCUGAAUGUGAUUUAGACGAUUACGAAGAGUGGGACCUAAUCAUUAAUAAUGGCAAAGAUGGAGAGCCAUUGGAAAAGCAAAUAGAACAAGUUCUGAAAAGCGCGCAGCGCGAGGUCGCCUUUGUAGGUCUACGGGCGGAGGGUAUCGAUGCGGCUGCGCGCGCACGGGCCUGCGCCCCUCGCCUUCGAUUUUCCAGCCCGAGCGACGGUGGCGGCGCGUUGCAUAACUUCGUAGCGGCACUUCGCGCGCGACCUUACCCCGAGCGCCAGCCGCGAGCGCGCCCCACGCGCAGACACGCGCAACGCGCUCUGUCGCGCCCUUUACGUAACGCGCGCUCACUUAAACGUCGUCGCAAACGAGAACGGAUAAGGUUUGGUGUGAUAAUAAGUGUGCUUCGUUUUGGCUUUCGUCGCUUCUGGCUUUAUUUUUGCAAGGAGCUGGAGUGCGGCGGGCCGGCGGUGGGCCGCAGAGGCGGUAAGAUCGCAGAUGUUGCACGUGCGCCGACGCAGCAGUCGGACAUGAAAAAUCUCGCUCCUUUGCUGGCUGUCCCUAUCAGCGAAUACGUGGUAACUUUCAUCUCUCUGGUAGCCGCGGCCACACUGUUUUCUUGGACGACAGAAGGGCGCUCCGCCCGUAGGUGGUUGGCGGAAGAUCGCGGGCGCAGGGAGUGUAGCCGCGCGCGCUUCCCCUACCACACGCACCCGCCCAUUCACUGUUAG